AUGAGUUAUACUGACAAAGUCAAUAAUAACUUUAGCAUUCCUGUACGUAUUCAUUCAACUGGUGCCCUAUCACAUGUUAUGGUUAAAUUGGAAACGACAAUUUCGGAUAUUAUUCAUGACGUAUGUGAACAAAAUGGAUUCCAUCAGCCUGAAAUCUAUUAUUUGGCAUUCAACAAUGAUGUUUUAGAGAAUGAUAAAAUAGUUCGAAAUACAAAUCUUCAUAUCUUAGCAACAUCUUCCAAUAUACCAGAAUUACACACAAAAACAUCACAUUUACUUAAAACAUAUCCUCACUUUGGUAAAUAUGUUGUUUUCACAUCGCCUGAAAUAUUGAAUGCAGCAGAAAUAUUAAAUAUCCAAUUACCAUUAAAAAUUGAAGAUGUAAUACCUGAUAACGUUAAAAAAGUUUUCAAAAAAAUUGAUGUUAAUAAGGGUUUGAAGCAAUCAAUUAGUGCAGUAGCUUCGUCCCAUAGUCAGCCAAGCAACCCUUCAACAUUAGUUCCAUUACCAGUAUUUAGUCAUACGAUAAUUGAUGACUUACCAAUUAUGAAAUUAAAGGUUCCACUUAAUCCAGAUGAGUUUGAUUGGCAAAUUCUACUUCAAAAUCUGGCUGAUGAUUUAGGAAUUGAUAAAGAUGAUCUUGUAAUUUUAGAAGCUACGAAUGGUAGCACAAUCAUUAAAAUAGCUCUAAAACAAAAAGUUUUACGUUACAAAGAAAAAUUGAAAAAAAUUCAUGAAAAGGCUGUCAUUAUUAUUAUAGACAAAUUCAGUAAAGUGAUGCAAUAUAUCGAUAAGUUAUCAAAGAAAUUGCGCAAAGAUUAUCAGGUCAUUUCCGGAAUUCAUGUCGAACUCGACAAUUUUGAUAAAGUACUCAAUGAUGAAAUUCUCAUACCGGACGAUAUUGAUUUAUUUUACGAAUUAAAUGAACGACCAACGGUGCUAGACAGUGAUCAAUGGAAAUUUUUCGAAGAAAAAAGUCGUCAAAUAAAGAUUUGUAUUUCUGAUUCAUUUAAAAAUUGCGAAGUCGAAUAUGUUAUCAGUAGCAUGGCGAUGGUUUAUAAUGAAAAACUACAAAAUGAUUUCAACGAGUACUCAUCUAAAUUAUCUGUUAAGGAUGAGAGAAUUUUAUGGCAUGGUGUUAAAAGCAAAGGAGAUUUCGAUGGAAUAUUCGAAGAAAAUUUCCGUUUUACGGGCACAACAGACUCUGGUUAUUUCGGCCGAGGUAUAUAUUUAACAAGUUCGCCCAAAUAUGCUACGCAAUAUGCUUAUACUGGUACAACAAUAAGAUACAUUUUAUGCAGUGUUGUUUCAUUGGGUAAAAUGUUACACAUUACAAAUAUGGACUACUAUGGAAAAAACUUGCAUCCGGGCUACGAUAGCCACUAUGUAAAGGUCGAUACUAGUGCUAAACGUAAUCAACCAAUUGCAAAUAAUAAUGAAAAAUACUAUGAAGAAUUUGUUAUCAAAAAUAACAAGCAAAUAUUGCCAAUGUACAUCGUGGGUCUUCGUCAAAUUGAUAGAUUUGUACUAUGGCGUGACGCAAAAAUUAGAAAUUAUGAAAAUGCACACACAUUUAAACGAUUAAAAGAAACAUACAAUUGCAAUAUAUACGGUAGCGAAACAUCGGACCAUGCAUUGAUGUUGUUAAAAAAUAAGCUAUCUACAGGGUCACAACUAUGUGUUGUAGUUACAAAUGGUGCUGACGACGGAGAAGGAUUUGCUAUUCAAUGCCGAAAAAUACGAGCUAAUUUACCUAUCAUUGUCUAUUGUAUGGACAUCGCUUCCCAUAAAAAAUGA